AUGAACUAAGAAACAAUAUCUAUUUAAUCUUCACAGUCAGCUGAGACCAAAGGUUAUUUUGAUAUGGCAGAUAAAAUAGAAAGAAAUUAUUCUUUCGAUCAAAGAAUAGUUUUGAAAUUGGUUUCUGAAAAUUCUGACAUUUUCUUUAUAACUCAAGAGGUUCCAUAUAAUAUAUCAUAAAUAAUGAAUAAAACUUACUUAAUUGAGAAUCAACCAAUAAUAGGUGCCGGGAGCUUUGGAACUGUUUUCAUAUGCUGGCAUAUGAUUGCAAAAUUUUAUUGUGCUGUAAAAGUGCAUUAAAGAUGCUAAGCUGAGGAGAUUCUACAGCAAGUUAAUGAAUACAAGAUUUAGAAAUUAUUAAACCAGAAAUUUUCUAAUAGUUUUUUAGUAUUAACUGAUAGAGUAUACAUUAUAUAGGAAUCCAUAAAUUAUUUUACUACUUAUGCAGGAAUGGAAAUUGCAUUAGCAACUUUAUCUGAAUACACAGCCAAUGUUGAUAUCCAAUAUGAUGAAUUUCUAAACAUUUAUCAUUCAAUCCUAAAACAAAUAUUGGAAAUGCAUUCCUUAAGAAUAGCUCAUCGAGAUAUUAAAUAAGCAAACAUAAUGUAUACUCAUUAAAAGGGAUGGAUGCUUACUGAUUUCGGCUGUGCAAAAUUUUAUUAAAACUAAAAAGAAAAGCAUAUAAUUUAGGGUACUAAAUAGUAUUUGCCACCAAAUUUACGAGGAUUAUUGAAAAAUAAUUUUUAAUAAAUUGAGUGCGAGCAAAAUCUUUUUGAUAAUGACAUAUACGCCUUCUUGCUCACAAUGUUAUAGAUAUACAAAAAGGGAUCAUCAAUUUUACAGUUAUAAUAGAUGUUGGAUAAUGAGAGCAAAUUAAAACAAUUGCCUUUGGAAUUUCAAAUUCAUGGCAAGAGUUAUAAUUAUAUUAAAUUGAAUGUUCUUAUUGGAUUGAAUAAAAUACCAUUGUAAAAAUAGUUUGAAUAGUAAUAAUUCAAACAAUCCCAUAAUAGGUUAGAAGAAUCACUUAGUAAUUCAGAUUAUCUUAUUGAAUUAAUUAUCAAACAAAAAAAGCUAUAUAAGAUUUCUGGCUCUCAAAUUUGGUCAUCUUAUCAUAUAAGUCUAACACAGUAAUAGAAAAGGUUAUCUUCAUUUGUUUAUAAUUCAAAGGCAACGGAUGAAGUUAAUCGAACGUUAUUAAAAUAUGAUUUAUUAUUAUAAGAUUAAUUUCAAAUAGUAGAAGAUAAAUCAUUGCUUGAGAUUAAGCCCAACAUGAAACAAUGGUAAUAUAGUUUGAUAUAUAUGUACUAUGUUCGGUUGGGGAAUGUUCAACAAUUACUUAAUGCUUGUUUAGAAAUACAAAAGCACUCCUAAGAAACUUAUAUAAAUUACAAAUUAUCUGAAAUUGAGUGUUUAAUUGAAUUAAAUCGAUUCGAAGAGGCUCUUCAAAUUUUGAAAGAUGUAGCUAAUGAAUAAUAUUUGUUAGAUGAUAUGUCAUACGUGAGAUUAGAAUUUUAUAGAAUCUUCUUAGAAAAGAGCUGGCUAGAAUCAGCAGCUGAAAUUUCAAAAUUUUAUAAAAUAUUAAGCCAAUAUUAAAUUAGCUUCCUUAUUCUAAGAAUUGCUUAUAAUUUUACUUGGAUAAUUCACCAAUAUGAUAUUAAUUUAGAUUAUUAUAAACCCUAGGAUGCAGAUUCCAGUUUUGAAUCAAUAAUAUUAUAUUUCGGGAUUACCACAGCUGAUCCUAAAGAAAUUAUAAGACAAUUAGAGUAAAGAGGAGCAGAUAAAUUUGGAAUCAAACAAAUAUUAUUCGGUAUAAUUCAAAAUAUUAGACAUUUUUCAAUAUUUCAAGGCUAGUUUUAAGUAGAGGAAUAUUUUGAAGCAGCCAUCCAAUUUGAUUAAUAACACAAUCCCUUAUAAGACUGGGAAAUUUAUUAUUGCUAUUCGAGUUAUUGCUUAAAGAAGGAGUAAUUUCAAAAGGCUUUAUCUUUGAUCAACAUAGCAAUGCAAUUAGUUGAUAAGGAGAAUGAACUCUAUGUUUUAUAAGUAUUAUUUCUAUAGAUGAUGUGCGAAAUCAAUCUUGAUCAAUGCACACAAUAUUAAAACACCAUAAUGCAUGUCUUAAUGAUCGUAAAUAAAAUACAAUCCUCGUAAUGCAGAUUAUAUAUUAUAAAGAGGCUAAUAAAAANAUACAAAAAGGGAUCAUCAAUUUUACAGUUAUAAUAGAUGUUGGAUAAUGAGAGCAAAUUAAAACAAUUGCCUUUGGAAUUUCAAAUUCAUGGCAAGAGUUAUAAUUAUAUUAAAUUGAAUGUUCUUAUUGGAUUGAAUAAAAUACCAUUGUAAAAAUAGUUUGAAUAGUAAUAAUUCAAACAAUCCCAUAAUAGGUUAGAAGAAUCACUUAGUAAUUCAGAUUAUCUUAUUGAAUUAAUUAUCAAACAAAAAAAGCUAUAUAAGAUUUCUGGCUCUCAAAUUUGGUCAUCUUAUCAUAUAAGUCUAACACAGUAAUAGAAAAGGUUAUCUUCAUUUGUUUAUAAUUCAAAGGCAACGGAUGAAGUUAAUCGAACGUUAUUAAAAUAUGAUUUAUUAUUAUAAGAUUAAUUUCAAAUAGUAGAAGAUAAAUCAUUGCUUGAGAUUAAGCCCAACAUGAAACAAUGGUAAUAUAGUUUGAUAUAUAUGUACUAUGUUCGGUUGGGGAAUGUUCAACAAUUACUUAAUGCUUGUUUAGAAAUACAAAAGCACUCCUAAGAAACUUAUAUAAAUUACAAAUUAUCUGAAAUUGAGUGUUUAAUUGAAUUAAAUCGAUUCGAAGAGGCUCUUCAAAUUUUGAAAGAUGUAGCUAAUGAAUAAUAUUUGUUAGAUGAUAUGUCAUACGUGAGAUUAGAAUUUUAUAGAAUCUUCUUAGAAAAGAGCUGGCUAGAAUCAGCAGCUGAAAUUUCAAAAUUUUAUAAAAUAUUAAGCCAAUAUUAAAUUAGCUUCCUUAUUCUAAGAAUUGCUUAUAAUUUUACUUGGAUAAUUCACCAAUAUGAUAUUAAUUUAGAUUAUUAUAAACCCUAGGAUGCAGAUUCCAGUUUUGAAUCAAUAAUAUUAUAUUUCGGGAUUACCACAGCUGAUCCUAAAGAAAUUAUAAGACAAUUAGAGUAAAGAGGAGCAGAUAAAUUUGGAAUCAAACAAAUAUUAUUCGGUAUAAUUCAAAAUAUUAGACAUUUUUCAAUAUUUCAAGGCUAGUUUUAAGUAGAGGAAUAUUUUGAAGCAGCCAUCCAAUUUGAUUAAUAACACAAUCCCUUAUAAGACUGGGAAAUUUAUUAUUGCUAUUCGAGUUAUUGCUUAAAGAAGGAGUAAUUUCAAAAGGCUUUAUCUUUGAUCAACAUAGCAAUGCAAUUAGUUGAUAAGGAGAAUGAACUCUAUGUUUUAUAAGUAUUAUUUCUAUAGAUGAUGUGCGAAAUCAAUCUUGAUCAAUGCACACAAUAUUAAAACACCAUAAUGCAUGUCUUAAUGAUCGUAAAUAAAAUACAAUCCUCGUAAUGCAGAUUAUAUAUUAUAAAGAGGCUAAUAAAAAUGUUGUAUUUGAUAUUUAUGAGGUAACAAUAUUUAAAUCAGAUCUCUAUGAUCAUUCAAUAGUAUUUAAAGUUUGAAACCAAUACUGAUAUUUUAUUUAUUUUGAAUAAAAUGGAAUGGGAAACAGUUUUAACUUACAAGCAUUCCUAAAGUCUCAUUAGUUUAUUCAACAGCAAAAUGCUAAGCAUAUGUGAAAAUACCAAUAAAAAUGAUAUAGACAUGUUAAGAUGCUUUUAAAAUAUAGCAAUAAUUUUAAGGCAGCAGGUUAAUGUGGAUAAAAGUCCUGAAAUUCAAACAUUAGCAGUCAACCAAGGAGCAAAGUUUAUACAAAAUAUGAUUAUAUUUGAAGACUUAUUUGAGUUCAAUCAAACUGAAACAUUAAAUAUAGAAAAUGAGAUCGCUAGAUUAGCAACUUUAAAUAAUAAGUUUAAUUAAAAGAAAAAAAUGAAAGAAUCAUUAGAACUAUUGGAAGCGUAUACCUUUUGGAAUUAUAAAAUCUUUGCUUGA